GGUGUUUCCUGUGCUGCAGGGCCUGUAUUAGUCCACCCCCUUUACCAUGCAAACAGAUCCCACCCCUUUAGAGAUUAACCUCGCACUGCUUUUACAUCAGGGACUUUAGCACAGACUUUCCCUAUCUGUGAUGACGGCAGAAAGUCAAGAGAUAUUUCUCUAUAGCCCCAGACGAGCCACAGUCCACUUAUAAAUUAUCAUUAUUCUAUUCCAUAAUUUGCUAUCGCGAUGCCCAGGCUCGCUGGCCUCACCGACGCCCUGCUCCUCCUGCUCCUGUCCUGCUGCAGUCCUGUCCGGGGAUAUUUUGCGGAGGAGCGCUGGAACCCCGAAUCUUCACUCCUCGCACCCCGGGUUCUUCUUGCCCUCAUUUGCAGAAACUCCGAGCACUCAUUGCCGUAUUUCCUGGGUACUAUUGAGCGCCUCAACUACCCGAAGGACCGUAUGGCACUGUGGGUAGCAACUGAUCAUAAUGAGGACAACACCACAGCCAUUCUGCAUGACUGGCUUGUAAAAGUACAGAAGCUCUACCAUUAUGUAGAGUGGAGGCCAAAAGAGGAGCCCAGAAAUUAUGAAGAUGAGGAAGGUCCAAAAGACUGGACAGAUCCUCGUUAUGAGCAUGUUAUGAAGCUUCGGCAAGCAGCGCUGGAGUCUGCUCGUGAGAUGUGGGCAGACUAUUUUAUGCUGGCAGAUUGUGACAACCUCCUCACCAAUUCAAAUGUGCUCCGGGGGCUGAUGAAACAGAACAAGACUAUCAUCGCUCCGAUGCUUGACUCUCGUGCAGCCUACUCAAAUUUUUGGUGUGGAAUGACUUCCCAGGGUUAUUAUAAGAGGACACCUGCCUACAUACCUCUUAGGAAGCAGAUACGAAAGGGCUGUUUUGCCGUUCCUAUGGUACACUCCACGUUCCUAAUAGACCUCAGGAAAGAGGCCUCCAGGCAGCUAGCCUUUCACCCACCACACCCAGAAUACAGCUGGGCAUUUGAUGACAUUAUUGUGUUUGCUUACUCUGCUAAGAUGGCAGAGGUUCAAAUGUUUGUAUGUAACAAGGAGACCUAUGGAUACUUCCCUGUGCCACUACGUUCCCACAAUACUUUGCAAGAUGAAGUGGACAGUUUCUUACACACUGUGUUAGAAGUUAAUGUGCGAAAUGCCCCAGUGAUGCCAUCCAAAUACAUAAGUGUUCCUAGAAAACAACCUGACAAAAUGGGCUUUGAUGAGGUGUUCAUGAUAAACUUGCAGAGGCGGACUGACCGCAGAGAACGUAUGCUGAGGGCACUGCAUGAGCAGGAGAUUGCUUGUAAAGUUGUUAAUGCCGUGGAUGGAAAAGCAAUGAAUGUCAGUGAAAUUCAUGCUUUGGGUAUCCAUAUGCUUCCUGGAUACAGUGACCCUUAUCAUGGUCGUCCACUAACAAAGGGAGAGCUGGGAUGCUUUCUUUCCCACUAUAACAUCUGGAAAGAGAUUGUGGAACGAAGUCUCCACACAUCUUUAGUGAUCGAAGAUGACCUGCGCUUUGAGGUGUUCUUCAAACGUCGCUUGAUGAACUUAAUGAGUGAGGUGGACCAUGAAGGUCUGGAUUGGGAUCUCAUUUAUAUUGGUCGAAAGAGAAUGCAAGUGGCUCACCCGGAGAAAGCAGUGCCAAAUAUACACAACUUGGUGGAGGCAGACUAUUCAUAUUGGACACUAGGAUAUAUGAUAUCAUUACAGGGUGCCCAGAAGCUUUUAAAAGCAGAACCAUUAAAGAGGAUUUUGCCAGUGGAUGAGUUUCUUCCUCUCAUGUACAAUAAACACCCUGUAUCUGAUUAUAUGGAACAGUUUGAAACCAGGGACCUGCUGGCAUUUUCCGCAGAGCCUCUCCUUGUGUAUCCAACUCACUAUACAGGUGACCCAGGAUACGUCAGUGACACUGAGACCUCCACUGUGUGGGACAAUGAAAAAAUCCGCACAGACUGGGACAGAGCACGCUCAGGAAAAAGUCAUGAGCAGGCUGAGAUCAGCACAGAGGCACAGAACUCAGAUGUGCUCCAGUCUCCUUUGGACAGUACAGCACGGGAUGAGCUAUGAGAGGAAGUCACUAAGAGCCUUGGAAAAAUAAAAAAAAGGUCCAUAAAACGCACCACAUUAGUUUUGUAAUCAUGUUUAACCUUUGAUCACUUUGAUUUUGCAUCAGAUCAGAUGUGGUAUCAAAGAAUAUAGAGAAGUUUAAAUUAUCAGAAGUGAAAAGUUAAAAAGGGAUCAUGCAUGUCAUGUUUUCUGCUGUCGUCAGCUUGUGGUUUUUACUUUAUAAAGGCACUAGACUUGCCAUUUGGAAUGGCAUUUGCAGUUCCCACCUACUCUCUGUCAUACAGAAAUAAUGUAUACUGGUAAAGAACAAAACUGGACUGCUGCGUUUCAGUGGUGCUAAUUUGAGAUUAGACUGCGUUUUGUAGCCUUGAGAAAUUAAUGAAUUUGGCUACAACAACAACAAAUCUGCACCACAGAGCAAAAUAAAGACGUCUUAGAUCAACCUAUGCAAAACCUAUGAACUUUUGGCAUUUUGAAUCGUUUUGUUUGUUUUUGUUAAAUUUUAUAACAGUGCUUUUUUUAAAAAAAAUUUUAGUUGGUCAUUGGACGGUACAAUAGAACCCUGUAGCAAAUUUCUAUCAAAGUGACAAAAUUCAGAACCAAGUAAUUUAAUUUACAGAAAUACUGAGGCAGAUUUACCACCAGUAAAUGUUGCUGUUUUGUUUAAAUUUUUGUUUUGUUUUGUCCUGUUUUUUUGUUUGUUUGUUUGUUUGGUUUUUUUACUCUUGUAGUUCCACCAACCACCUCUUCAUACAAAUAGACGUGAGACAAGCCACCAAACACACUGGUGUUUCAACUUGCCCACAUCCAAAUGCACAUCAGCCACUUUAUUACCUCUCUCCCACAGAUGCGGUGCUGGUACCCAUGCAAGUUCUGCCUUAGUUUUUGGGGUUUUUUUAGAAAGAGCUCACAUUUAUGUAGCAGACUUUGAAGUAUUUUCCAUGUCCAUAAAGUUAUGGCACAGUGACGCACCACUGUGGGCUGCAUCUAUAAAUUACCUGUGAAAUUUUUGUGGUUGCCCUUCUUUUUGCCAAUGAUUGUUCUGAUUUUGGGCCCAUUGGUUUUGUGGCGUUGUGAAUACAUUUGUCUUUUUUGGCAGAAAUUCUAUCAAACAGGUUCUGGAUUAAGCACCAGCGCUGCAUCGGUGGAAAAGAGCUGUAUUGCUGUUCCAUCUCAGAUCAGUUCAGUGUGAAUGUUGAGCAUUUUGAUUGUGGUAGACUUUAUGAAUUGUCAUUACAUAAGAUAAGUGUAGAUCAUCAUAUUUCUCACAGUAUAUUUAUUGUGUCAUGGUUUCCCUCAUCACAUACACAGAUCUCUGAUGAAGCCAGUUUCUGUUGAGUCCUGAUGGGAGUUAUUCACUCACUAAGUGUGCACAAAAUGUUAGUGGUGCUUGUACCGACAAAAAAUAAAAUGUUUUCUUUUUAACA